AUGCUUGUAGGAGGUAAAGUUCCCAUCGUGCAAAGUGAUGCUGACCAGUCAUGUGGCACAAUCAGCUUCUCACUUUCAUCCAGCAUUGGUGAGGAAGGAGUUGAAGAUUGGAUUUUCCAGCUUUCUGACUCACAUUCUGAAGAUAUUCACCAGGAGUUGUCUUCUAUGUGGACACUGGAAAGGCUAGAACAAAUGCAAAAACAAAUCUAUCCUUCUCAGCAUCUUGCUGUUUGCCAAAGCUACUGCAGUCUCCCGUGUGGGGGUUUCUAUACCAACAUAUUUAGCCCCUCUCCAGAUCACUCUAUAGUUGGAACUUUCACACCUUUUGGACAUGGCAGCAUCUAUCUUCCUAGCAGCAACACCGUAACAGUGAUGUUUAAUCAGGAAGGAGGUCUGGUGACUAAUAAAGAUGAAGAAAUGGUCAGAGAAUGGAAAUGGCCUCGGGAUGGCAAGCUUGCCCAGCCAGUUAUAGCACAGGUUAAUGAGUACAUCACAGUGAGGAUUGCUGGGCGCUUUGCAAUUAGCUUGGUCUACAAGUGGCAACAUGAAAGUGUGUGCUUGUCUUUGUCACCACCGCAGGGUGCGGCUCUUCCACGGCUGGAAGAAUGGCCAAAGUUGACAGAGCUGUUGAUGAAAAAUGAAGUUCCAGAGGCAACUGUAAGCCGCAUAAAUGACAUCCAUGCAGCCAGAGAACUGAGGAAUUUGCAGAGGAAGAUCUGGAGCAUUGUGGGUGACUGGCUGCAGUAUUAUCGCACAGCCCUAGGAAUUGACCGCAUACGCCUUCAGAAGACAUCUGACCUUCCCCUGCAGCCCUUAAGGAAAUGCAUAAUUCAGUCUCCAGAUGCUCUCCCAGUUACUUUGGUGUUACAGAGAUCACAAAGGAAGAGGAAGGAAAACAGUCAAGCUCCCAAGUCAGAAACUCCUCUUCUAGACCAAAUACAGUCAGCUCCUCUUUACAGCAUGCAGAAGAAACCAUAUUCUUAUCUUCUCAGGACUUCUGUUUCACUAAAUAACGAUACCAAAUCAGAGAUGCUGCAUUCAACUCAGUUCAACUUAGAUAAAAGAAGGAAUGUACUUAAUGUCAUUAAAUCACGGUAA